UGUUUAUUGUGGUCAACCAUAACCACUAAUGUCCUGCUUUGAACUUUAUCGCCACUUUAUUGUCGCUUUGGAUUUAUGGAGUCACCGUUUUAGGAGCCUCAGACGUGUCAAAUCCCUCAUGAGUGAAACAUGGGAGGAGAUUGUCGAUUAUCCUGCAGAUCUUUGCUUUAUGAGCUCCAACAAAAGCAGGUGUUAUAUAUAACCGUGAAGGUCUCUUGACUCAGUUGGAGUCUGGAAACGACGGUUUAGACAUGGAGAAAAUGGAUCUGGAGGACGUGGAUUCCGCUCUCAUGGAGAAGGGGAAGAAACCCGCCGCCGCCGCCGAGCCUCCUGGCAAAUUCGAGAGGCUGUACCAGCCCUGCCUGGCUGAGCUGGUGGGAACCAUGUUCUUCGUCUUCAUCGGUUGUGUGUCGGUCAUCGAGAACGUGCCUGCGGCCGGGCGGAUGCAGCCGGCUCUGGUUCACGGGCUGGCGGUGGCGGUGAUGGUGGCGGUCAUGGACAACAUCAGCGGCUCCCAUUUCAACCCCCCCUUCACCAUCGCCAUAUACCUGUGUGGCGGCAUGAGGCUGGCAAUGGUGGUGCCCUACCUCAUCAGUCAGCUGAUUGGAGGAAUGCUGGGAGCCGGCAUGGCCAAGCUGAUGACCCCCCCGGACCGCUACCUCAACGCCACCGGAGCAGCCUUUGACCUCCUCAAGUCAGACGCGCAGGUGUCCAGAGCCAUCUUUGGGGAGGUGGCCAUGACGUGCCUGGUGACCAUGGUGGUGCUGAUGGUGGCCGUCAACGGCAGGACGAAGACGCCGCUCGCCCCCUUCCUGGUGGGCUGCACCGUCAUGAUCAACAUUUUGGCGGGCGGCGACGUCUCCGGCACGUGCCUGAACCCCGCCAGGGCCUUUGGUCCGGCCGUGAUGGCCAACUACUGGACCUACCACUGGGUGUACUGGGUGGGGCCCAUCGGAGGAGGCCUGCUGGCUGCAGCUCUGCUCCGGCUCGUUCUGGGAGAUAAUAAGUUACGCGUCCUCAUGAAAUCCUAAUUCCAGCCUUUAUUGUGUUUUAUUGUCAUAUAGGUGAGAAUGAACUUGUAAACUGUUAUCAGUGUGUCUGUUUUUUGUCAAAUAAAAAAAGACAAAAGCC